AGCUCAUUUCUUCCCAGAAGCCUUUGUAGCAGCUCGGCGGUGCUAACUGCUAAGCUCAAAAUGCUACUUCACUAAUCCGUCUGCCUGCAGCGGAAAUCAGAAACCCCACCACUGCUGGGCUUCUUCACUCUGCUGGAGUACCGCCGUGUUAUCGUUAACGGCUGAAGAGGACCUUCAAAUGUGAGAUUGCCUCUGCACUUGUUAUCCAAGGACAGACACUGAUCGUGCUGCCAGAGUUAAUGUUUAUCCACAAUGCCACAGAGAGAAGGAUAGCGGUUGUAUCAUUUCAAUUUCUGGAACUGCUUUGGAGUGAACCUUGAGUUUAAAAAAGGGGGGAAAAAAAGCUGCCGUGACUUUUAACCAAGCUUUUUUCCCCUUUUCCAUUUGCACUACUGCUCUGUGUGCAAACCGUAGCGGCAGCCGAAGCGAAAGGGCGUUGACUCUGGUUGUGCAGGAGGAUUAAAGUUUUCGGUGGGAGUGGGGACUGGACCAAGAGAGCAGGUGUACAGCAACAACAGUCAUGCUACGGGAACACUAGUCUCACUAUUUGUGCCCCUACUGUGUUGUGUUUUUCUUUUUUCUUUCCUCCUUUUCCUGCAAUCUCAUCAGUUUGGAUGGUUGAGCACAAGGGCCACUUUGAAGGAGACCACCGGUGACUGUGGUUCUGGCCAGAGCUGACAGACUUUUUGCCAGCAAUUGCUGCUUCAGGAGCUUCUCCACAGCCUCUACUGCAGUAGCCUCCUGUCACUGUGAUAUCCGGUGUACUGAGUGGAGGUUGCAGGCAUCACAGCUUCUACGCUGGCGUAGAUUCUUAGUUUCCAUCAUUACUUUUUCCAGUUCUCUUGGACCUUUUUGCCUUUUCUGUUGAAAACAUCAGAUCUAUUCAAGGUCAUUUUUUUUUUUUAUACAUCUGAGUCUUGAGGAAGCAAAGGACCGCUCCACAGGAGGAUGAAGCUGAGGAAACAGGUGACGGUGUGCGGAGGGGCCAUAUUCUGUGUGGCCGUGUUCUCCCUUUAUUUGAUGUUGGACCGAGUCCAGCAUGACCCUGCAAGGCGACAGAAUGGAGGAAACUUUCCACGGAGCCAAAUCUCUGUCCUCCAGAAUCGGAUAGAGCAGCUGGAGCAGCUCCUGGAGGAAAACCACCAAAUAAUCAGCCACAUAAAGGACUCUGUGAUGGAGCUCACAGACACAGGAGCUGUGUCUCCCAGCGGCCACCUGCCGUUCAGAAGCGCCAAUGGGUCCUGGGUGCUACCGUUUGAUGGUCGCCCGACUUUCCUUGUUGUGAAGCCUCAGGACUGCCAGUUUGCUGUUGGGACCCGUGCUCAAACAGAUGUACAGAUGCUGGAUGUGUACUCCCUCCUCAAGUUUGACAACCCUGACGGCGGUGUGUGGAAGCAGGGCUUUGACAUCACUUAUGAACCUGAUGAGUGGGACAAUGAACCUCUGCAGGUGUUUGUGGUUCCUCAUUCUCACAACGAUCCAGGUUGGGUCAAGACCUUUGACAAGUACUUCACAGACCAGACGCAGCAUAUUUUAAACAAUAUGGUCGUGAAGCUGGCCGAGGAUUCUCGGAGGAAGUUCAUCUGGUCAGAGAUUUCAUUCUUCGCCACGUGGUGGGAGACUGCAGACGUCUACAAACAGGAAGCCAUGCGCAAACUGAUCCUUGGAGGGCAGCUAGAGAUUGUGACAGGAGGCUGGGUGAUGACGGAUGAAGCCAACGCUCACUACUUUGCUAUGAUAGAUCAACUCAUUGAAGGGCAUCAGUGGUUGGAGAGAAAUCUGGGUAUUACUCCUCAAAGUGGGUGGGCGGUGGACCCCUUCGGUCACAGUGCCACCAUGCCCUAUCUGCUGAAGAGGGCUAACGUGACCAGCAUGUUGAUCCAAAGGAUCCACUACUCCAUUAAAAAACACUUUUCUUCAACCAGAAGUCUGGAGUUUAUGUGGAGACAAGCCUGGGACACUGGCUCCAGCACAGACAUCUUUUGCCACAUGAUGCCCUUCUACAGCUACGACGUGCCUCACACCUGCGGUCCUGAUCCGAAGAUCUGUUGCCAGUUUGACUUCAAGAGAUUACCGGGAGGUCGGAUCAACUGCCCUUGGAAAGUGCCGCCCAAAUCCGUGGUGGAGGCCAAUGUUGCAGAAAGAGCACAGUUGCUUCUGGAUCAGUACCGUAAAAAGUCUAAACUCUACCGCAGCAAGGUGCUUCUGGUUCCAUUAGGAGACGACUUUCGCUACGAUAAGGCUCUGGAGUGGGAUCAGCAGUACAUCAAUUACCAGAAGCUGUUUGAUUACAUGAACUCGCACCCUGAGCUGCACGUUCAGGCUCAGUUUGGGACCCUCACAGACUACUUCAGUGCUCUGUACAAAGCCUACGGAGUGCCUCAGGGAUCCAGACCUGGUGACUUUCCUGUCCUCAGUGGGGAUUUCUUUGCCUACGCAGACCGCGAGGACCACUACUGGACGGGCUAUUACACCUCCAGACCCUUUUACAAAAGCUUGGACCGUGUGAUUGAGUCACAUCUGAGAGGGGCAGAGAUUCUCUACAGCCUGGCAGUAGCAAACGCUCGGCAUGCUGGGAUGGAGGGUCGCUACCCAGUGACUGACUACGCCCUGCUGGUAGAUGCAAGGCGGUCAGUCGGCCUCUUCCAGCAUCACGAUGCGAUCACUGGCACCGCUAAGGAGAAUGUUGUCAUUGACUACGGUACCAAAUUACUUCGUGCACUCAUUGGACUGAAGAGAGUUAUUAUCAACGCUGCUCAUUUCCUGGUGAUGAAGAACAAAGAGUUUUAUCGUUUUUACCAGACAGAGCCCUUCCUAGAGACGGACGACAGACGUGCGACUCAGGACUCUCUGCCUCAGCGCACUUUAAUUGAGCUGGACCCAGCUGGACCAAGAUACCUGGUUCUGUUCAACCCCAUUGAGCAGGAGCGUCUCUGCGCCGUCACCGUGUUGGUGAACACGGUCAGGGUGCGGGUGCUUACUGAAGACGGACAGACUCUCCCUGUGCAGCUGAGCGCUCAGUGGAGCUCUGCUACUCAAAUGAGUGCCGAGGUAUUCGAGGCAACAUUCAUGGUCCGCCUGCCUCCCCUCGGCCUGGCUGUUUUUCAUCUUUACGACUCGGCCGAUUCACCCAUGACGAUUCGCUCAGACACUCUGCUCAGGCUGUCGGGGCGCAGCGGCUCUGCUCGGGCUCUGGACCCCCUUCCUGUCCGCUCUCAGCCGGCUGACGCUCAGACCUUUUACAUCAGCACGCAGACGCUGACUCUGGGUUUCUCUGGAACCACCGGCCUGCUGGAGAGUAUCAAGCGUAAGGAUGAUCCACAAGAGGUUAAGGUUCAAAUGCAGUUCAUGAUCUACGGCACACGUCCUUCGAAAGACAAAAGUGGCGCUUACCUCUUCCUGCCAGAUGGAAAGCCAAAGCCCUACAACCAGAAAGAACCUCCUGCGGUGCGUGUUGUCGAAGGGCCUCUUUUCUCUGAAGUGGUGGCACAAUACCAGCACUUUCAGCAGACUGUUCGCAUACACAACGUGCCAGGGGUGGAUGGUUUGUCUGUAGACGUCACUAUAUUAGUGGACAUCCGGGAUCAGACCAAUAAGGAGCUGUCCAUGCGGCUGGUCACCAACAUCCAAAAUGGAGACGUCUUCUACACAGACCUCAACGGUUACCAGAUCCAGCCCCGUCGAUUCUACCAAAAGCUUCCUUUGCAAGGCAACUUUUACCCAAUGUCCAGCCAGGCGUACAUCCAGGACAGCCACCACCGCCUCACGCUGCACACGGCUCAGGCUUUGGGCGUCUCCAGUCUGGACAGCGGUCAGCUGGAAGUGAUUAUGGACCGGCGGCUGAUGCAGGAUGAUAAUCGAGGGCUGGGUCAGGGUCUCAAAGACAACAAGAAGACAGCGAAUCGUUUCCGCUUGCUACUGGAGAGAAGAUCAAUUGAUAACAAGCGUGAUGGCUUCCUUGCCAAACUCUCGUCUUUGUUGCGCUAUUUCUUCUCUCAAAUCCCGAGCGGCGGAGUUCGCGAGAUGAUGGACAGCGCAACAACGAGCUUCCCGUCUAUGGUCAGCCACGCCACCAGCUCCCUGCUCAACCACGAGGUCCUGGCGUUGCCUGUCCUGCCGAAAAGACGCGGCAUCCCUCCUCUUCAGACGUUCGCCCCGCUCAAGUCCGUCAUUCCCUGCGAUGUCCACCUGCUCAACCUGCGGAGCAUCCAGACGCAGAAGGAUCCCGAGUCUCCAUCUCCCUACACCGCCUUGCUCUUACACCGCCUGGCUACGGACUGCGGAUUUGAGGGUCAAAACCUCGGCUUCAACUGCAGCACGACGCAGGGACGGCUCAGUGUGUCGAAUCUUUUCAAGAACGUGGACCUGCAGCUGCUGCAGCCCAUGUCCCUGACCCUGAUGCAUUCCAGCAUGCCUUUGGCCAACGACUCCAUCAUCAGUCUGGAGCCCAUGGAGAUCUCUGCCUUCAAGCUCAAGCUGCGCUAAGAGCCGUAAACGCACAUCGGACUAGCGACAUCAAGAACCAGGGUCAGGGUUUCCCUGCAUUGUUGAGCUGAACUCGGAGAAACAGGGUCCGCUGCAGUGGCGCUGACUGAACUGCAGGGGGCAGACAUCAGCAGCUGCUGCUGUAGCUCUGAGGAGACGCAGCAGAACUUGAGGUGAAUUUGAAGUCGUUCCAUAUCUGGGGAAGACUGCGAGUAUUUCUCAUCAGUCAAAGCUGAGUCUGCAAUCGGAUAUGAAAACACUUUAUUUUCUGCUU